UAUGGGUGAUUUUCCUGGUGCGCUGUUGCACCAACGAGAGAUGACUAGCCUGGAGCAUGACGGGGAAGUUGUGUCCUAUGCCUUGUGUAACAUUAGCGUUGUUAGUUAGUUGCAUGUAGUUUUAAGUUAAUGAAGUGUUCUUCACCACCCUUUAGAAGUAAAAGUCUUGCUAGUAUACCUGGGGGAUAUAAAUGUCUUCACAGCUCUUGAAUACAGGAAGUGUGGAUAUGUUUGUCCGGUAAUCGGGUCUUUUAGAAAGCUGGAUAACCUUCUCUGUUUUGGAUGAAUGCGUAAGUCAUUAACCUACCGCUGGACAAAAGUUGGCAUUUGUAAAAGAUCCAAAUGGAUAAAACUACAGGAAAACUCCGGAAUGAAGACAGUAACCCAUGCAUCGAAGAAAGUGAUGCCUCACAACAGUGUAUGAAUGCCUCCAACUACGAUAAGAGCAUGUGUUCAGCCUAUUUCCAGAGAUAUAAAAACUGUAGGAAAUACUGGCACAACAUAUUGAUGCAGAGGAGAAGAGACGGUGUGAGUCCUCUCAUGCCCACUGCUGCAGAGAGGCAGGAGAUACUCGCUGCUAUUGGAGGCAAACCAUACUGAGAGGCAGCAGGGUUUCACAAAGACACUGUGAAGACCAGCAGACCUAGGAAAUGAGCUCCAGACAAACACAUUCGCUGGUGCUACUACACUGCAGUGGCUGUGUGGCUUGACUUGUUCUCAGGCUCAGGUUAUGUUGAACUUACCAUCUGUAGCUGGACUUUAUUCUGAAAGAGAGAAAAGUCACAGAAAACAAAGGAUAAGAGCGCUUAUUUAUUGAGCUUUAUUAACAGUGUGACAGCAUGAGAGAAAUUAAAGAACUUUUGAAUAAUUUUUUUGAAGAGGUAUUACAAAACUUAAUUUAAUUAAUUUUACAACUACAACGGUUCUGUGUAGAUUUCAUCAUGAAUUUAAAAUGACCUUGAACCCACUAGUUCAACUGUAUUCUUCCCAAUGUGAAACAAGUCUAUGUCGAGCUGGGCACUAACUCAACUAGCCAGCAUGAUGGUGAAGUAUGCUACCUGUGAUGGAUAUCUAUCAUAUGUGUUCUUAAUUUAAAAGGGGGGUGGAUGAGUAUGAUAAUUGUCUGCCUAAUGCUCGAUUUGCCACCUUAUUCUGUUUUGGUUAUGAUUUUUUUAAUACAGUUACACACAGUCUGUACCAUAUCAUUCAUUCCAAGCUGUCAGGCCUCAAAUAAAUGUUCAGUAUCAUCAAAGUGAACUCAGAAAUCACAGACUCUGUAUUUUUAGGCAUCCAGUAUGAUUAUUGCAGUCCAAGAGCUUCAGACUGCAUUUAGGUCUUUACAAAUGACUGCUGAAUUUAGAAAUGGUUUUAAAUGCUCAAAAAACAAUGGUCCUCUCAAAAGCAUCUCUACAGUUGCUUGAUUAUUGUAGCAU